GCGGGGGCGGCGUGGGCGGCGGUCGCGGUCCGCACACUCCGCGACAUGGCGCCGCACGCACCGCCUCUGCCGCUGCUGCUGCUGGCGGCCUUAACGGCUGCUGUCACAAACGGGGAGGAGCCCUGCCCGCGCACCCCCGGGCCGCAGUCGACGGUGGCGAGGCUCAAGGACCAGCUGCUGAGCCACUACGUCGCCGAGGAGAUGCCGCCCACCCAGGGCGGCGCGGCGCUGGCCGUCGAGCACGCGGUCCUCAUCAAGCACGUACCGGGGAUCUAUAAUAACGUGGCCGACGUCGAGAUUACAGUCGCUCUGAGUUGGCACGACUCCAGGCUGGAAUGGGACCCCGCUCAGUACGAUUACCUCUGGACUAUCUUAGCAGAUUCUACUACUGUCUGGGUUCCUUUCAUCGGCGUUCAGAGCCACCCGACGAACGUUCCCGACUCGGUGGACCUGACGGAGCACAUGUGCGCCGUGACGAGCUCGGGCGAGGUGAUGUGCAUGCUGGGCAUGACGGUGCUGGCGCACUGCCUCAGCGACUACCGCGGCUGGCCCCAGGACGAGCACAACUGCUCCUUCCACGUCGGCUCCUGGAUGCUCACCAGCGAGCGGCUCUUCCUCAAAGAUCUCCACCUCAGGUCGGCGACGCCGCCCGGCACCUCGUGGCAGGUGGAGCAGCACGGCUUCGCGACGACCAACGCCAGCGUGGGGCCGGACGGACGCGCCCGCAGCGUCACGCACGUCUGGCUGCAGCUACGCCACCGCGAGGCCGUCAUGGCCGUCGCCGCCUACGCCCCCGCCCUCGCACUGACGGUGAUGACGCUGUCAUCACUGUGGCUGCCUUCGGCAUGUGGCGAGCGGCUGGCACUGGUCGCCAUCUCGGUGUUGGCGCACUGCACGGUGCUGGUCUACCUCAGCUGGUGGCUGGAGGGCGGCGCCCGCGCACCUCGCAUCGUGGUGUUCCACCGGGACGGGCUGUGCGCGGCAGGGGCGGCGCUGCUGGUGCUGGUGGCGGCGCAGCGCCUGCAGGCGUCCCGGCGCGCCGCCCCCAGCUGGCUGUCGGCCGGCCUCGCGCGGCUCCGGGCGUCGCCCGCCGGUCCGCUGCUGCUGCCCCCUGCCGCCCAACAGCCUGACCUGCAGCUGAAGCUCAUAUCGUGUGGUGUGCCCCAGCCGGCGGAGGCACCGGCGGCCGACGCCGCCUCCUCCGCCCCCGAGGCCGACGUGGAGGCUGCCGGCACUGGCGGCGGCGACGUAGAAGGCGACGCGACCGGCGGAGGCAGGGACGCGCUGGUCGCCACCACCACUGCCGCCGGCGCCGCCUCCGACGCCGAGUGGUGGGGCGCCGCCUCCGUCCUGACGCAGCGGCUGGGAGCGGCCGGCGUCUGCAGCGCGCUGUUCGCCGCCCUGCUGCGCCUGUUGCUCGCCCACUGACGUCAGGCCGCUCCCCGCCAAUCCCGACGCACUCCUACUCCGAAGCACCGUCACAACUAACUCGACGCCACUACCCCUCGCUGUCGUAUAUAACCACCUAGCGACGCAUUCGAAUAUCAGUGUUUACAAGCGUUCCACACAAUAAUCUCCGCAUUCCGAUGCGACGAGACGAACAGAUAUUCCUAUGUGAUCCGUGACACACGAUCGGAGUUGCGCUUCCUGUGUCUUCUUUGACGAGUUUUCUCGCGAACAUCACUACAGUCGUUUUGCGUGGGGGUACCCACAGCAAACCGAACUUAUUUUUGAAGAUUUAUUUAUUCAAUUAGAAAAAGCCUUUAGCACCCCUCGGAGUACUUACUCUCCACUGAAACAUUUUUUAAAUUCGUCUUCUGUGGUGCCCGACGGCUUUCUGUGUCGUUUUCUUCUUCACUUCAGCACCGUCAGUAAAACGCUCUCGUUUCGUGUCGCUUUCGUGGAAAUAAAAAAAGGUCACAAGCGCCAAGCUCAGUUGGACACGCGAGAUAUGGGGCCCGUGGAUCGUGGCACUUUUGGUCAAAAACUGAUGGACUAUGUUAUCGACACGGUGAAACCAGACGCCCGACUGACGUAAAUGGUGCCUCUUCCGCUGAAAACUAUUAUGCAAUCUUUUCAAAAACAUCCAAUUAGAAAGUCCGGUUAACUACCCGACUCGGUGCAACAAACUCUUCUUUGACGUUCGCCAUCACUCGAGGAACUGUAUUGGGACGAGACGAAAUUGUCCUCCACUGAUUAGAUUCUUGCUUCGAUUCAGCGUCGUAACCGUAGCACUGUGAUUCUCCACCUGUGCAAAAAAGUCUCUGUCAUUUCGGAAAUCUCGCUUUAAAGCGCAGCACGAUUCCACGCAAUGUUGCUUUUCUUCAGCACGAAUCUGGCAGCCACCCUUUUCCAUCCCUACGUCUUCCGUCGAAGUUCGACUAAAUGAGUUCAAAAUCAAUCCAGGCAGAUCCACAAUCGUACGCUGGACACUAGGAUCAGCCUCUAGAAAAAUGGCAAGCGCACAUAACAUGUCACUAAAAAAGUUAUUCAAGCCGAAUGGAACCUAAUCAGCGGCGGUGCUUGGCUCACGGAAUCAGGAAUGGUGAAGAGCCUGCAUGUUGUACAUAAGCUCUCUCUGGAAGGAUAACUCUGUACACUCUCAGUGA